AGGGGUAGAUGCUACAGAGUUCUGUCGCCGCAUCUCAUCACAUCCCGUGCUCCAGACUAUCCGUUGCAUAUAAACCCCUCUGCGUUGGGAUGUAGCACAGAAAUGGGGCGCAGUGGUACAAGUGAGACAGGUUCAAAAUUGCUUCCCAUUAGACAAAAAGAUGACUGCCAGCCCAAAUGGCAAAGGCACCUGAAGGAGGCUUCCUCAGGAAAGCUUGUGCGAGCAUCAUGUGUUCUUUCGUGUCUGCUUGCUCGAUGGUUGGACGGAAGGUUGGCGGCCCCGGAAUCAGCCAACGAACGUCUUCCAGCAUUCCCAUUUCCAGAGUUUUGACCGUUUCGGUGGUGAAUUGGCGCUUCCAAUGAGUCCCUCGGAAAUGAAUCAUCUAAACAAGGCACCGACUCUUGCUUGAGCAGCUCAUUACCGGCGCGAGAACAAAGA